AUGGGUUGUGGAUCUUCCAUAGACGUGUAGGAUAAUAAGACUACUCUUUUGCUGAAUCAAGCUAGCACUGCAAUAACAGAUAAUGAUUCAAUCUACUUGAUGAAAACAGACACUAAAUGUCCAAGUCUUGAGACAGAAGAAAUCAGGUACUUUGUACGAAUAUUAAGAGCGAAUUGCCUUAACUUUUUAACGACAACCUUGAUGAAUCACUUUAUCUUCUAUUCCCUUUCUGAUGAAAUGUUUUACUGUUGUUUACAUAGUAAUACUACCCUUUAUCCAAAGGAAUGUGUUGCUUCAUGCUUUUUUAUAUUGGAGAGAGGGAAUUUGCAAUAUGAGGGAUGCCCUUUAUAAAAGGGUUCUACCAUUGGGGAGUUGUCGUUGUUGCUGCGAUUGGAGAAGCAGAAGAAUGUGAAGGCUAUAGACGAUUGCUUCUUUUGGGGUUUGGAUAAAAGUACAUUUUUAAAUUCUUUGGAUUAUAUAAUGGCCAAAUAAUAUCUGUAAAAUAAGUAGUUCAUUACUGGACAAUCUUUCUAUUAAUUCCUGACUCCGAUGCAACAAGAUGGAUUGGCUCAAAAUAUCAUUGUCACCAAAUAUAGACCGAAUGCAAUCAUAGCCCAGGAGGGAGAAAGAGCAGAUUCAUUCAUAGUUAUAAAAAGUGGUCAGGCUGCUGUUUACAAAGGAACCAAGUUCAUUCGCUAUCUUUAACCCAGGGAUUGUUUUGGUGAGAAUUCCCUUCAGACGACUACCAAAAGAAAUGCCACAAUUCAAGCAGUGAGUGAAGUCCAAUGUUUGGUGUUGACGAGAGAGAAGGUCAAAUAGAUUUUGGGUAAUGAUGUCAAGAAGCAAUUGCAAUUUGCUGUCAUUCGAUAAAUAUUGAAGUAAUUGAAAACCCCAAGUUUGGAGAUUGAGAAAUUAUUACCUUCUUUUCGUUUUCAUCAUUACAAUAAUGAGAUUUUUGAUAUCAAUGAGUUGCAUGAUUAUUUAGUCAUAGUUGUAGAAGGCACCAUGCGUUCAGAAGACCAAAUGUAUCACAAAGGAGAUUUGGUUUCGGAUGUUUAUGAUGAUCAGCAAUUCUAUUGCACUGGAACUUUGGCCAAACUGGAUAAGGUCAAAUUGGAAUUGGAGGAUUAUGUGAUUGAAGAUAGCACUUACGAAUUCAAAAGAGUCAGACCACAAUUUGCUGAAUUGAAUAAUCAAAAAUUGAUUGCCAAUAGUUCAUAUGGCACACUCUAUAAAGUGGAGUAUAAGAAUGAGAAAUAUGUAUUGCGUAAAAUCUCAAGGGACAUUAUAUCUUAAUGGAACUUGGAAAAAUAGAUCAAGCAGGAACGCAAGAUUCUAGAAAUCAUCAAUAAUCCUUUUGUGGCUAAUUUCCAUCAAUAUUAUUCUGAUGAAUAACACAUUUACUUUUUAUAGGAUUACAUCAAGGGGAAGAACUUGGGAGAUUAUCUUCAUGAUAAUGGACUCUUGGACAAGGAAAAAGCCCAGUUUUUGAUUUCUCAAAUGAUUCUCCUACUAGAAACCUUCUCUAAUCUCUCAAUCAUCUCAAGAGAAUUCAAACCCAAUAAUUUUAUUAUCGAUAAAAAUGGAUAUAUAUAUCUAAUAGAUUUCAAAACCUCCAAAUAGGCAUACAGAACCCAUACGAUCAUUGGAAAUCCUCACUAUAUGGCACCAGAAAUCAUAGAAGGCAAAGGGUAUACUACUUUCAGUGAUGUUUGGAGUGUCGGAGUAUGUCUAUACGAGUUUCUUUGCGGAGGAGUUCCCUUUGGAGAAGAUCAAGAUGAUCCCUAUAAGGUAUAUGAAGAUAUACUCAAUUAUUAAAUCAAAUAUCCUCAGUUUUAUAGGGAUUAAGUAGGGAAGAACCUAAUGAAUUAGUUGAUGUCAUUAAAUGUAUACCAAAGAGUUGGAUCAUCUUUUGAUGAACUCAAGGCUCAUAAAUGGUUUAAUAUCUUUUGGGACUAAUUGUAACACAAAUAAUUAAAAUUGAAUCCCAAAAAACAAGAUUCGAAUUUAAAACGAUUAAAUGUUGAAUAAAAAUCUUCAUUGUAAUUUUUAUGA